GUUAUCUGGCUUGCAAUAUCCCGAGCACCACCGCUUGCGCCCAUCAUCCCAGGAUCGUUUCACUUGGGGCCCCCAUCAUGUCCAAUCAUCAUGAGAAUGCUUUUUAUUACGGCAAUGCGCCGCCCACCACACGCGUUCCCCUGCCCUCGUACCCCUCCCAGCAGAUAACCGCCCAACAGUAUCAUCAGCCUCCCCAGCACGUCCAGCACGUCCAGCCAGUGCAACAACUCCAACAAUUCCAACAUCCCCAAAUCCAGCAGCAGGCCUAUGCUUCCCGUUCUCAGUCAUCGCAGUCCAAUCCCCAGCAGCAACAGUAUGGGGCUCAAGGACAAGGCCAGCUUGAUCAACAACCACAGCAACCACAGCCAGAGCAGCAGCAGCAGCAGCAGCAGCAGCAGCAGCAGCAGCAGCAAGAGCAGCAGCAACAGCAACAACAAGAAUCCCAAGAACGGCAGACCCCGGAGGAGCCUUCAGAGGACAGGCCUGCCAAGAAGAAGCAGAGGAUCACCCGGGCGUGUGAUGCCUGCCAUGGCCGCCGUCAAAAGUGCCAGGGCUUCCAGCCAUGCGCAAACUGCAUCAAGAAAGGCGUAGAGUGCACCUACAACAACCCCUACUACCGAGGCCGCGCAAGGACUCCUCCUCCACCUCCCAAUGAUCCCAACACCCGCAACUUUGCCCGUACUACAGACAUCCGCGGAAAGGAGAUACGCGAGCGAAGCUGGGUCAAGCGAGCCUGCGACAUCUGUCGAGAUGGACGCCAUCCCUGUUCAGGCACUCUACCGUGCGAUAGAUGCUUCACCAUGAGGCAGGAGUGCACCUACAAGAAACGCAACAGUCGCAACCGAUACGAAGAUCUUCCGAACCCGGAACUGAGAGGUCCCUAUCACAAGCCCGCACUGGUUGAUGCUGUCUUGGGGCCUGACGAUCUGCCACAGCCUGUCCAAGGACCUGGAAAUGAUGGGGGUGAUGCUGAGGGACAGGCCAUGAGAGACGACAUUGCUCGCCAUGGCGGCCCUGGACAGGACUACCUGAGCCUCAAGGUUGAUCGCCGCUACGGAGAUGAGGACACUCCACCUCUUGUCUUUCUUCAUGCGGCUUGGAAAAAGCUUGCCCAGGUCCAGCGUACUUCUCGGCUUCCUCUUGAUCAGCCCUGGGACCGUUCGACAACCGUUCGGUUUCCAUCCAAUCGACAGAGGUGGUACCAACAGCAGGACCACUUCUUCAGGAGCUGGAACGGCACCUUCCAUUUUCUCCAUCGUCACACCGUACGGAAUUGGUUGGAACAAGUUGAAAAGAACUUUGUGGCUCGUCAGGAGUUGUGGUAUGGUGUAGGCCAUGCCCGUGCCGCUGUUGCCCUUAUGACCAUGGCUCUUGGCUCGCUCUUCAGGGAUGCUCCAAAGUCGUGGGUGCGCAUGAACAAAAAAACCGGCAAGGCGAUGAAGAGCAGGAAAAUGCCUCCUCCAGACGACUAUAUCUGGUCCCUCGAAUACGGCGAUUCAUUGCUAAACACCGCCCUAAAUCUCACAGAUGCCGAGAAAGGCGAUCCGAGGUUAGACUCUGUCCAAGCUCGCCUCUUGCAGGACUUGUACCUCUUAAGCACAUGCCGUUUGAACAAAGCUUGGUAUACAUUUGGCAAUACCCUUCAGAUGAUCACAAACCUCGGUCUUCAUCGGCGUGUGGGCAGAAACCGUGGACUUGGACGCGACAUUAUCAAAAGACCGGACUAUGCCAAGCUCCAGUGCGAGAGGCGAACAUUCUGGACGGCUUACAUUAUCGACAAACAACUCAGCAUGGUCUUUGGACGACCCAGCCACUUCCGUGACGAUUUCAUCGAUCAAGAGCUUCCAGACGCUGUCAACGACGAGGACAUGGGCCCCACUGGCCCUGUUCGAGCACACAAGGGGGAUUGCUACAUGGAAGCACUGGUCUCCCAUGCCAAGUUGAACAAGCUCAUCGACAAGCUCCUCCACCAAGUAUACUCGCUUCGAGAGAUCCCCAACCAGCAAAGGAUCGAUAGCGCUCUACGCAUUGGCAAAGAGGUUCAGCAGUGGAGGGACGAGCUGCCAUACCUCCUCAGGAAUCUUAAGCCCACCUUGCUGCUUCCCCUUUUCCAGAGGCAGAUGGUUUUCAUCCGGAUAGCACACUGUCAUGCCACCAUGCUUGCCUACCGGCCCUUCCUCACCACGCCCUACCCUCAAUCAGGCGAACUGAAAGAAGCCACUGACUACGCCAUCCGCGAGUGCGUCGACGCGGCACGAGUCAGCCUCAGUGUCGUCACCGGCCUUGGUCGCACAGAGGACAACGCGCAAUUCGUGACGCUCUGGUACCCCCACCAGGUCGCCUACUGCGCCGCCGUCGUCUUGAUCAUCCUCCCGCACAUUCGCGAGCGCCAGAAAUUGUUUGGUGGCCCUCACUACCGCGGCCAUGAAGUGAUGGAUGGCAAGUUGCACAAGCUGGUGGAAAGAGGCAUCAAGAUGUUGGCGUCGGAUACCAGUCCCUAUUCGCCCGCGCGCAAGUGGGCCAUCAUAUUGGAGGAGCUCAAAAGGGAGGUGACGCGCCAGACAGGUCAUGUCUUCCCAAGUCUGGCGAGCGGUGCUAAUCAGAAAGCUGCAAAGGAGAAUACCCCAGCGGAUGGGGAGGAGAAUGGGGAGGAGGAGGAGGAGGAUGAGGAGGCUGAGAAUGAAGUUGAAGAGGCUGAUGGCGUGUCGCCGGAUGAUCAGUUGCUGGAGGAUGCCCUUCGCGCUCAUUGGGCGGCAGAAAUGGUUGGAUCGGUGCAAGAUCAGGUUGCAGAUCAGGAGGGGGAGGCCACGACGCCUGGUUUCACGAGGAGGCUUUGGGAUAACUGGACGUUUACGGAUUGGGCGGAUCUUGACUCUGCAACCUUUGGACCUAUUGCCGACUUUGCUGAAGAUCCAGCUCCAGCUCCUGCUCCUGCUCCUGCUCCAGUCCCAACUCCAGGUUUAACUCCCGUGUCAGCUCCGGCUACGGCUCCGGCUCCGGCUCCCGUUACAGGUCCCGCCCCGGCGCCGGUGUCGGCUCAUGCUCAAGUUUCUGCGGUUUUCGCACCCGUUUAAGACCUGUCCAAAACUCCAUAUCCAUGCAUGCCGUACAAUUCCCAAUCCUGAUACAAUGCUUGUAAUGAUGCGUUCUUGUCCGUCCAACUGUUCCUCAUCGACUGUUCGCGCUUCCAGACCUUGGUGAGGGAGACCCAUAAGAUGAUUGCGCCAGCGCAUUUACUUUGGCCUCCAAGGUACCAAUCCGACCCAGUA